AUGCUCGCGUAUCCGCCGGCAUAUCCACUGGGCACGUUAUGUCUCGGAGGCAUUCGCGGAGAAUCCGCCGGGACCCUCUUUACCGUUCUCCAACUGAUACGUAAUCGUGCGCAUGAUUGGCCCUGCACAACUCCCAGCUGCGUGGCUUGUCCUCACGGCAGAAAGGAUUCAAAGACAGUCGAACAUGGACAAGGCAGAAAGUUCAAGUACGACGUCAUCGGAGAUGAGACGAGGCGACGCCACCCACUGAACGCCGUGUAUGACACGGGAGAGGAACUGUUCUUAGGAACAUGCGGCAGUAGAGGGGUUUGCGGAGUUGGUGUCUUCGUCAACACGAAUACGGCAGUAAACAUCGACUCUUUCGAACAAAUUACAACCCGAAUCGUACGUUUACGGAGGAGAAGAUGUGGUUCAACACCAGCUUUGAAAAUCUUCGUCGUUUACGCCCCAACAUCAAGCUACGAAGAAGAAGUCAAAGAUUUCUAUAUGAACCUGAAAAAGUUCUACAGAGAAGAUCAUACCUUCUGCAAGAAGCCCUCCUCUCUACGCUGGACGUGGAAGUCACCCGAUGGAAGGUAUCAUAAUGAAAUUGACCACAUCAUUGUCAGUAAAAGGUUUUGCUUGACGGAUUUCGCUGUUGACCCAAGUUUUAUACGGGAUCGGACCAUCGCCUUCUUCGAGAAAGAUUUUCUUUCACAUGGAGAAGAGAAAAGGCCACAAACUCCAAAAACCAUUAUCGACUGGGAGCUCUUCGUUUUGCUUGUCGGCUUUUGGGAAGAUGCCGUCAUGGACAACAUUGACGACGAUUAUGAACGGCUUGUAGAACAUCUUCGUCACUAUACGAAGAAAGCGAAGAGUUUGAAAACCACUAAGGGGCGCCUGUCUUUGACAACUCUGGAGCUGAUACGUCAGCGUGGAACUGCAUGA